AUGUUGAAUCUUUUACGCGCCCCAUCGCCGCUUCUCAAUGCUUCGCGAUUUUUGCAUGCGUCUGUGAAGUGCUGUCAUCGAAGAAAUCUUCCGCGAACAUCAGACUACAAAAAGCCAUCAAAGGAUCUCGGUCCAAUGUAUGGUUCUAUUACUGUGGAUGAAAUCGUGCAGUUCUUGGACGAAUUUAGUUUGAGAGAUAUUUGCGUAAUCCGCUUGCCGGAAGAACUGAGCUAUGCGGAUCACAUGAUUAUUGGAACUUGUGUGUCUGCACGGCACAUGCGCGCCGCCGGGAUGGAAACGACGAAGUUUUUGAAAGGGAAGCUUAAGGUGGGAUGCUCUCCGCCGAAAAUGGAAGGAUCUGCGCGAGCUGGAGAUUCCUGGCUAGCAAUUGACUGUGGAACGUCUGUAGUGCAUAUUUUUGGAAAAGAAACGCGAGAAAAGUACGAUUUGGAGACAUUGUGGACCGUGGGUCCGGAAUUCGACGAAUUGACGCGGUCUCUAAAAGCGUUGGAUGGCUCGAUGUUGUUUGGAUUGCCGUCGAAGAAUGCACGGUCUGCCACGGCGUUGAGUACGAGGGAGCUAUCUGUGAGCAGUCUCAAAAAUUGCUGGGACACGCUGAAAUGCGAAAAUCGUGCGUUCGUCACGCUGGUCACGUCGGCGUUUCCAAAUCCGAGGGAGCAAGAGACCUUGAUACACGAAUUGCGACACGCACGAUUUUUCGACGUAUUCGAGUAUAAUGCGUUGAACGGCCAUUGGGGUUGUUUUCUAUGCAAUCAUCCCGAACGGGCUCAUGGAUUUUUGCAAGAAGACCAACCCGUCAUAGAGGGGCAGCUGAAGGAGAAGAAAGGGAAAUGGAGAAUAUUUCGCCGCUGGCGGACGCGGUAUUUCACCCUUUCUGGUGGUCAUCUCUCGUACCGUGGAGCGAAAAAUGAAAAAGAAGGCAGGCCGAUUGAGGUUACCCAGAUAAGAAGCGUGAAAACGAUUUCACGCGGUGGAAGAACGAUACCGAAGGCGUUCGAGAUAUUCACGGAUGACUGUAGUUUGGUGCUUAAAGCUCAAGACGGAAAACAUGCUGAAGAAUGGGUCCAGUGCCUUUCAGUUGCUGUUGCUCAUUCGCAAUCGAAAGAAGGAGCAUAUAGAACAUUAUCUUCCUUUGGAGGCAGUGGUAGUUUGAGGUGAAAUUUUCUACCAAGUGAAAGUUGAACAUCUUCGUUACUGGGUGUAAUUUUUCUUGGGGCUUUAUUCCCGUGUUCUUGGAAGAUUCAAAUGACUUACAUUCCAUGGAAUCGCUCGGUUUUCCUGUUAAUGAUGCCGUCCCGCCAAUUUGAAGCCUCUGCUCAAGUUCUUUGUGAUACGUUAUUGAAAUCUGCGAAAUUUUUUUGACAUCCUGAAGAAAGGUGUUCCUCUAGGUUGAUGCGAGGAACGUAUUCAAGGUCUUCGAGUGACUGUAACAGAGAACGGCUAGUAUAUUUUUAACGAAAACAAGGGGUGUGAAUUUUUUUGUGAUUGAGUAAUGCUAAGUUGAUACUUCCUGAUGUGCUGCAGAAUCUUAAGGGGAUUCUGUACCUCAUGGGCGGAAAGUACGGACGUUUCUGAACACUUGAAUGCAUAUUUUAUGACGGAUAUAUUUAUCGGAUUCGUUUUGGAUGAAUAAUUGACCGAAAAUGAAUGCUGGUUCGUAUGCA